GUAGCUCCCUUAUCUAUCCAUAUGUAUACUGAAUAGCAACAAACCAGAGACUAAGCUAUACCCACAGGAUCAGAGAGAAAGAGGGAGAGAGAGAGGGGAUGGUUUUCAAUGAGAAAGAAGAAGGUUUGGUGAAAGAAUCAUGGGAGAUAAUGAAACAAGAUAUCCCUCUUUACAGCCUUGGAUUCUUCAGCAGUAUUUUAGAGAUAGCACCAGCUGCCAAGGACAUGUUCUCCUUUCUAAGAGAGUCUAAUGAAAUUCCUCAGACUAAUCCUAAGCUUAAAGCUCAUGCUGUUAAGGUUUUCAAGAUGACAUGCGAAUCAGCAAUUCAACUGAGGGAGAAAGGAGGGGUUGUAGUGAGUGAUACCACUCUCAAAUACUUGGGUUCUGUCCAUCUCAAGAAUGGAGUUCUUGACCCUCACUUUCAGGUGGUGAAAGAAGCACUUUUAAGAACAGUUAAAACGGCGGUUGGAGACAAAUGGAGUGAUGAGAUGGGCGGUGCAUGGUGUGAAGCCUACGACCAGUUGGCUGCUGCCAUCAAAGCUUGAGAUGAAAGAAGAGGCCGC